ACGACAACUUCAAGGGCAGUCCCUCACCCCUAGACGAGGCCAGUGUGGUGCAGAGGGUGGUGUGUGGAUAUCCUCCAAUUCAGCUUUCUUCAUUUCUCCAGACGCGCUGCGGCCGCCGUUAGCGGUUGCACAGCCAAUGGAUCAUGUCUGUCACGUUGCACACCACACACGGUGACAUCAAAAUUGAGAUCUUUUGCGAAUCCGUGCCCAAGACGGCGGAGAACUUCCUAGCCCUUGCUGCCUCUGGCGCCUACGACAAAACACCGUUCCACCGAAUGAUUCCAGACUUUAUGGUCCAGGGAGGAGAUACCUCACAGUCGCAGCGACAGAAUGCAAGCGACGGCACGACUACGGUCGUCAAGGGUGGCACGUCUAUCUGGGGAGAAUACUUUGAGGAUGAGAUUAAAGUACCUGCACUACGACACUCUGGCCGAGGGAUGGUAUCGAUGGCGAACAAAGGCCCCCGGACCAACGGUAGUCAGUUCUUCAUCACGCUGAAAGAGGCACCACAUCUCGAUGGCAAGAACACCGUGUUUGGGCGUGUCAUCGAGGGUGCGGAAGACGGAGGUGCUUUGGAUCGCAUCGAGGCCGUUAAGGUCGACAAGAAAUACAGGCCAAAGGACGAAAAGAUUAUUCUGGAGUCUAUCACAAUACAUGCAAACCCGCUGGCUGAAUGAAGGAAGAACGAACGAGGGGUUUGCCAGCCCAACUCCAGCCUGAUGCAACCCGGUUAGCGAUUUCGAACCAUGCAGAACCAUGCCGAACACGAGUUCUCCGGGACGCCAGAGAGACGUCCUCAGCGCCGAUUUGCGACCUCGUCCGUCCAACGAGCACCUGAGGGAGGAGGAUCUCCUCUCCGUGUGCAGAUGGCACAACGCAUCUCUGCAUCUCUAAGAACAUCACGAUAUUUGCCAAAUAGCCCCACAAUACGAGAUUGGGUCAGUACAAUGCUGCCCGCGUUGUGAUGUCGAUCUUGUGAAACUCUGCAAUUGCUUUCUCACAUAGCGAGAAAGCAUUUGGAUCGAGAGACGCGGAGAAGUUCUCAAGAUGCCAGGAAAUUACGAGGCAUCCUCCAUGAGCACCACAGCUCCUCUCUUUGGUGGCUUGUUGCACUCCUAGAGAGCGCUAUGGGGAUGAUAUUAACAAGGCUUGAUGGGCUCUGCCUGUUCGUAUUUGACUAACGGCUCUGUGCAUCUGUCAUAUGGACAUGUUGGUAUGAGCACAUGACUUGUCAGGGUUGCUCUGGUGUACCACCGCUAUCAUGAAGGCCUUGGCUUUUGGACGUGGCUUCAGCUGAAUACGGUAGUAAUUGAAUCAAAUUCAACGGCUCAAGAGCCUUGUUCUUAUCUACGGGUUGUUUGCGAUCAUAUUAGCUGAACGUAUUAUGAGAAGCUGAUGAGGCUGAGGGGCUGGAAAUAUGAAAUCGCUAGUUCAGGCAGAUAUA